CAACAUCAGUAUUUACAACUGUCAAAAACGGCGUGUCGCACGCACACCGUUUUUGAGGUUAUAUUUUCCACAAACAUUGGAUCAGCGUGUUAUUUUCAUUUAAUUUGCCGCAAUGUCCUUCCGUGGUAGAGGCGGUGGUGGCGGUGGCGGUGGCCGCGGCGGCGGUGGACGAGGAGGCUUCGGCGGACGCGGCAGAGGCUUCGGCGGCGGAGGUAGAGGACGCGGCGGCGGCGGCGGUGGCUUCAGACAGCAAGAUGCUGGACCUCCGGAGAGCGUGAUUCCACUGGGCCACUACGGUUGGACGGUGCAAGACGACUUAGUCUGCAAAGUGGACAUCGAGGACGUGCCGUACUUCAACGCUCCCAUCUUUUUAGAAAACAAAGAGCAAAUCGGAAAGAUAGACGAGAUAUUCGGGAAUUUGCGCGAUUACUACGUGUCAGUGAAGCUCGGGGAGAACAUUAAAGCGAAAAGUUUCAAGGACGGACAGCAAUUUUUCAUCGAUCCGGCGAAGUUAUUGCCGCUGAAGAGAUUUCUGCCGCAGCCGCCGGGCGCGAAAAGAGGCGGCGGCCGUGGACGGGGCGGCCCUAGGGGAGGAUUCGGUGGCCGCGGCGGAGGCGGUGGCUUCGGCGGUCGCGGCGGCGGCGGUGGCUUCGGUGGGCGAGGCGGCGGCGGUGGAUUCGGCGGCCGCGGCGGUGGAGGCAGAGGCGGCGGCUUCAACCGGGGAGGCGGCGGCGGCUUCGGCCGAGGCGGGGGCGGCAGAGGCGGCGGCUUCCGAGGUGGCAGGAGAUAGUGACGUUAUAUUGAAAAGACUAAUCAAAUUGACCAAG